CUGGAUCUUAGAAAUUUUGGACAGGACCGGAUCCGACCCAAAUAUUCCUUCCUAAUGUUUGUACGAUCUGGGGAUAUCGAUCGUAUCACGGGAUGGAGGUCUGUUCGAUGUCGGGCCGAUUGCCGCCGACGAACCCCAUUUUCGGCCGCAAUUCGAUUUACGUUGUCCGCAGAAGACCCCCAACGACGUCGUACUUCCCUUCUUGCCGAUCAAGAACUGGCACUACAAGUCGUCAAGAAAACGAAAAGUCUGAAUCAGGGGAGCCUGCAAAUCGGAUGUUUGUCCUGGGAAUGGGUUUUGUGGGCAGUUUCUUGGCUCAAGGUUUGAAGAACCAAGAAUGGGGUGUAUCGGGGAGUUGCACUAGCCUUGUGAAGAAGAAGAAACUAGAGGAGGACAUGGGAUUUGAUGUUUACCUUUUCAAUGCAAAUGAACCAGAACCGGAAGUCCUAAGUAUUUUGAACCAUCACACUCACCUCAUAGUGUCCAUCCCUCCCCUUGUUGGAACUGGUGACCCGAUGCUGCAACAUGAAGAACAUCUGAAGAGUAUGCUAAUCGAAGGAAACCUCAAGUGGCUCUGUUACUUGUCAUCGACUAGUGUAUAUGGUAAUUGUGGUGGUAUGUGGGUGGAUGAAGACAGUUAUCCAGUAUGCCCUGCAAAUGAGAAGGCUAAAGCGAGGUUAGCUGCUGAAGAAGGAUGGUUAAAGUUGGGCCAUGAUCUUGGUAUCUCAACACAAAUUUUUCGACUUGGAGGUAUCUAUGGCCCUGGCAGAAGUGCCGUGGAUACCGUAAUCAAGCAGGAGCCUUUAUCGGAACUUCAGAGAAUGAGGGCAUCCAGGCAGUACACUUCCCGAGUUCAUGUUGCUGACAUUUGUCAAGCACUAAGGGCCAGUAUUUGUAACCCUUCCUCAGGAAGAAUCUAUAACCUGGUGGAUGAUGAUCCUGCCCCACGCACUGAGGUACUUUCGUAUGCUUGGGACUUGGUUAACAGAAAAUGGUCUGGACAUACGAAGCAAAGUGUCUCUCCCUGUAUGUCAGAAUCAUUCCCAACAGAAAGCAUUUCCCAAGGCGAGAAGCGAGUCUCCAACGCCCGCAUGAAGAAAGAGCUCGGGGUGAAAUUACUCCAUCCAAGUUAUAAAUCUGGAUUGAAGAGCUUAGUUGAUCAUAUGGAUAACCCUUUUUUAUAGCCCCUUUUAUUCAUGAGAAACAAUUCUCAUCUAGUUUCGGCAAUUGACAACAUUGUCCUGGGUUUCCAAACGUUUUUGAAUUUCAUUUAGGCUUUUCUGCCUAACUCGGUAAUUGCAUUGAGUUUCAAUUCAGCUUUGUUGUGAUUUCAGC